CUGUGAAAGCCUUGCCUACAAAGUCAUUGGUUAGUUCUAGCGAAAAAACUGCACCCGGACGCAAGUCGUUGAAGGAGAGACUGACAAUUACACCUUGCAGCAAUGCAAGUGGUAGCCACAAAUUACCAUUACAAGUGCUUGGCCGCGCAUCAAAUCCUAGGUGCUUUAAAACGCAAGGCGUGCCUGAUGGGAUACACUAUUUUUAAAAUAAGAAAGCGUGGCAAACUAGUGCGACGUUUACUGAUUGGUCCUGCUCCGUUUUCGUUCCUGAGAUCAAACGGAAGGCAGCUGCACAGAAUAGACCGACUAAUGCGCUUCUAAUUCUAGAUAAUUGCACCGCACAUUGCAGUAAAGAUAAGUUUCAAGUGGAUGACGCAGAAAUUCAGGUGAUCUUUCUUCCUCCAAAUGUGACAAGCUUUCUUCAGCCUAUGGAUCAAGGAAUCAUCAAUGCUUUUAAGGUUAUCUAUAAAUCGAAUUUUCUGCGCCGUGUUCUGUUAGAAACUGACAGCGAUCGCCCAGUUACAGAAGUUAUCAAAUCAUUUAGCCUUUAUGAUGUUAUUCAACUAGCGACUGAUGCGUGGGCCACUGUAACUCCAGAAACGAUUGCUAACUGUUGGCGCAAUCUCUUAAGUCAAGAUCAAAACUAUAACUCGUUCAAGGAUUUCACAAUUUCUUCACCAACAAGUGACCCCCGCGUGUUGCUUUCUAAAGUAGUGCAACUCGUUGAUCCAAACUACGAACUGACCGAAGAAGAAGUUCAAGAGUGGCUAAGCAACUCAGACAACAUAGAUGUAGCGCAAAUAUAUACCGACGAGCAAUUGGCCAAGCCUCUGGUGGUGAUUUUUUCGAGGCCGACCAUGAAGAGCAAGAUUGCGAUGCUAACGAAAAUGCUGAGGGUGAUCUUAGUACUUCGGUUAUAUGUACUCUUGGAGCAGUCAAUCCGAAAAACGCAAUGAUUAUAAGUAGGCUAUCAGCAUCAUGGAUGUACUCAAAAAUGUUCUUAUUGCUGUUGGUGAUGACCGUAAAUUAGUGGAAGCCGAAAAAUGAAAAAACGAAUAUGAAAAUGAAAUUAUUCGCCUUCUUGACGAAUAACAAUAGUGAAUUUUAAUUAAGUAUAUGGCAUGAUAACAAAAAUACAAAAUGAUUGA